CAUAAUUGUGUUAUGACUACGAGAAAGAAACGCCUUGAAUAUGAAGAUAGUCUUCCAGUAGAUCUGAUCAGCGAAAUCUUGCUGAGGGUUCCAGUGAGGCUUCUCCUACAACUGAGGAUCAUAUGCCGUUCAUGGAACUCUCUAAUCUCCAGCCCUGAAUUCGCCAUGCUCCACCUUCAACGCUCAACCCUAACUCAGCUGCCGCCGCCAUUGCUAUGUUGGAAGGAAUGGAUACUGACGGACGACAUCAUGCAUUGCUCUUCAUCACAAUCUCUUAUUCUUUAUCGCCGGCAUCAGCCAACGACAUUCGUGUCGUAUCCAGCUGACGGGAAAUUCAUCAGGGGAUCUUGCAACGGAUUGCUCUGCCUGACUGAAGGUUUUUUUCCCUUUGAAACUCUGACUUUGUUAAAUCCCAUUACCCGUUCGGUAUCCCCAUCCAUUCCAUUCGAGUGCUCCGAGGAGUGCGGAGAACGUGUUUUUUGUGGCUUUGGCUAUGAUACCCUACAUGACCAGUACAAGUUCGUUAUGGGUUGUUGUUACUCAUCUCUUAUAACUGAUUCCCAAGUGAGAUCUGGAGCUAUAGUUUUCACUUUUGGUGCAAAUCCUUGUUGGAAAACUGUUGAUCAUCCCGUAUUUCCGUACGGUCUAGUUAGCUCAGCAGAUGGAAUAUUUGUGAGCGGCACUCUGAAUUGGAUUGUGUAUGAUCCUACUAUUACUAGUGCUAUAGAUAAUGAUGAAUUUGAGUGGUUCGUUCUUACCUUCGAUCUGGAAACGGAGUCGUUUGGUCGAAUGUGUCUGCCUAUUAUUGGAAGGCGCUCUCACUGCACCCAAGCGCCUCAAUUGCAAGUCCACAAUAACUGUCUUUCUUAUUGUUUUCACACUCCGGAUACGCCAAUUAUUUACAGUGUCUGGAUAAUGAAGGAGUAUGGAGCUGAAGAGUCUUGGACUAAAUUGUUCGCAAUCCCAAUCCCAGCAUUCGAUGUUGGAAUCUUCCCAGAUGUUUUGAUAGCACCCUUGUAUAUGUAUAUCCCAGAAGAUCAUAAUCUUUUAGCGCUAAAUGGAUCGGAUGGCAGAUUGUUUGUGGACAAUUUACGUCAAAACCAACUAGUUUAUCAUGUGCCUGACGGGUAUUAUUGGACAUCUUCAUUCCUUUGCCAUGAGAGCUUGGUCUCGCCGUCACAUUAUUGUAGUCUUAGAACUAUUGAUCAGAGCAAUAUUACAUGA